CAGAAGACGAGUCAUGGGCAGCAUCACCCGCGCGCUGCCGCUGCUGCUGUUGCUCCUGUGCGCGCACGGCGCCGCGGCCCAGCACUACUUGCGCCUGAGGCCCUCGCCCAGCGAGCAUCUGCCCGUCCCGGACCUCAGGGAGGACCCCGACCCGGAGCACGACCCACGCGAGCAGGACCUCUCGGAGAAGACGCUGCGCAAGAAGCUGGGCAGCCACUUCGACUCCAACUUCAUGUCCAUCCACCUGCCCACGCAGCUGAACGCCAGCGCGCCGCCGGACCUGCCGCGCCUACCCAUGCCCGCCGACCUCAAGAAGCUGAACCUGACGGAGACGCCGUACGGCAGGCGCGUCAAGGUGGGCAAGAAGGCGCGGCGGAAGUUCCAUAUGUACAUAUUUAAGUGAGAAGAUGAUGAAGAAGAAUGCAGCUAUUUUUGUUAAAGGAUCAGGACCAUAUUCUCACGAGGAGCACUUCAGCUCGUGGUUAUUUUUAUGAAAUCAUUGCGAAGACGCAAGAGAGAUGUUCCCCUUCCUCAUUCGAACUCUAUUUAUAGAGACUGAAGAACACGAUGCCUAGAGGUUUUGUACAAAUAUUAAUAUCAAUAAUGAUGAUGAUUUCAAAAAAAGGCUGGGCUGAA